UAAUCAUUGUUUUUAACGAUCAGUUUACCACGCAAUUCCCCGGUAACCGCGUUUAGAUGCCACAAAGUCCAAUUUAAUUAUUGUAAAACACAUUAACAGUUAAUAGACUGUUACUAAGUGCGUUAGAAAAAUGGGUUUUAUUGUUAAAGCAGGAAUAAUAGGGCUGCUGCUAUCCUUAGGCGCAUCCUAUUAUAUUUAUAGUAAAAUAAGUGAAAUUCCAGAGACGCCCGUCCUGGAUGAAGUGUGGUGGGGUAAGGGCAGCCCUGGAAAGGAAGACACCGCUAUCAAGCCUUUUAAAAUAGAUAUAUCCAAAGAUAUUCUAGAUGACCUUAAGCAUCGACUAAAUAACGCUUUACCCUUCCAACCACCCCUAGAAGGAGCUAAGCAACAUUAUGGCAUGAACUCCAAUUUAUUAAGCAAUAUUGUCGACUACUGGAAAAAUACAUACAAUUGGACUGAACGUCAAAAGUUCCUGAACCAGUACCCCCAAUAUACCACAAGCAUUCAAGGGUUAAACAUUCACUACAUUCACGUGAAGCCUACGAUCCCCAAAAGUUCGAAUGUGAAGGUGCUGCCGUUGCUGAUAAUACACGGAUGGCCCGGAUCGGUCAGAGAGUUUUACGAAAUAAUACCUUUAUUGACCACCCCACAAAAGGGUCGUAACUUUGUAUUUGAAGUGAUCGCUCCAAGUUUACCAGGAUAUGGUUUCUCAGAGGCCACCAACAAACCGGGUUUAUCAGCAACUAGGAUGGCCCAAAUAUUCAAAAAUCUCAUGAAAAGAAUAGGAUAUGAAAAGUACUACAUACAGGGUGGAGACUGGGGAGCACUGAUUGUCAGCUUAAUGUCUCUUCUAUAUCCAGAAAACGUCUUGGGGGCCCACUCCAACAUGUGCGUGUGUGACUCCAACAUUUGUCACCUAAAAAAUUUCCUUGUAGGCACAAUGUAUCCGUCCCUAGUGGCCACCGAAGAAGAAAUGCCUCAUUACGCCCCCGUGCCUUCCAAAAUGGCAUAUCUCAUCUUAGAGAGUGGAUAUAUGCAUAUUCAAUCUACUAAACCUGAUACUGUUGGAACCGCUUUACGUGAUAGUCCAGUUGGUUUAGCAGCCUACAUAAUUGAAAAAUUCACCACCUGGACCAACCCGGCAUGGAAGGACUUGGAAGAUGGUGGUCUUACCAAAAGAUACACCAUGGAUCAAUUGUUGGAUAAUGUGAUGAUCUAUUGGGUGACCAGGUCUAUUACAACAUCACAGAGGCUGUACUCUGAAAUGUUUAAUAAGGAAGUUUUUUCUCAAAAGCUGCAAGAGAUACCGGUAACAGUGCCAACGGGAUGCGCUAGGUUUAGUCACGACAUCACAGUACAUCCAGAAUCGCUUUUAAGACAUAAAUAUCACAACCUGGUGCAUUUAAGUCUGUAUGAAGAUGGUGGUCAUUUUGCUGCUCUCGAGUUACCAAAGGUCUUAGCUGAAGACAUUUAUGAGACCGUUGAGAAGAUUAUUUAACCGUUCGAUUGUUGAUGGUUUUUUAUUAUUUUAUUAAAAAAAAAUAUGGGUUUGA